AUGUCUUCUUGUCAAUCAAAACAAAAAGACGAACAAAUUAAUUCACUAAAUCAACAUCAAGAACUAUUACUUAUCUCUGAUAAUCAACCAAUAAAAAAGUCAGAACCUUUUCCAUUUGGAAAAUGCCUCAUCUGUCAUGAUAUAGCCACUGGAGUCCAUUAUGGUGUGAUUACAUGUGAAGGAUGUAAAGGUUUUUUCAAACGAUCAAUAACCCAGGGUGUUUCAAAUCAAUGUUUGUUUGGUAAUAAAUGUAUAGUUACUAUAGGAACACGUAAUCGAUGUAAAUCAUGUCGAUUUAAUCGAUGUAUUGAACAAGGUAUGUCAAUGGAUUGUGUCAAAAUGGGUAGAAUACCAAAAAAAGUCAAAGAAAAAGCAUUACGUUAUCAUAAAAAACUUCAAGAGAAGAAUAUAUAUCAUGAAAUUGAAGACGAAAAAAAGAAAGUUAUGAUACUUUCACCUGAUCUUGAUUGGGAUUUAUCGAAUCCAAUAACUAAAUUGACAUUAUCUUCAUCCAGCAAUAGUAUUAGUGAUAAUAGACAAUUAUGCAAUGAGAAAAGUCCAGGUAUGUUUGUUGAUUCUCAAGAGUUAAGUUCAAAUACGGUUUGUUUAACUCUACAAUCUUCAAAAGAAUCAUAUGAUUCUAUUGAUUUAAUUCAAUUAACAAUAUCAUUAUCGAAUAAUUUUCAUCAUAAUUUAUCAUUACUUCGUUUACCAACAGUUCUUUAUUCAUUAAAAUUAUCAGAAAUUUGGACAAAUUCAAUGAAAUUCGAAAAUGAUUUAUCAACAGAUACAUCAUUAGACAAUAAUAAAAUGACUGUAUCAAAAUAUAUAUCAAAUAUAAAUGAAAAUAUUUUAAUUGAUUAUAAUUUUAAUUGUGAUAUGCAUUAUUCAAAAAAUAUUCUUCAUAUAAUGAAAUAUCUUUUACCAAAACUUUGUCAACCAUUUCUCAUUUUUGAAUUUGAUUUUGAAAUCAUGUCAUUUUUUCGUUAUAUACGAUGGAAAGUAUUUAAAUCGUAUUUAAAACAUACAAAAAGAGUACAAAUACUUAUUCAACGAAUGUUUGAAUUAACUAAUUAUGGUAUUACAAAUUAUUCAAAUAGUCAUAUAACAUAUGAACAAAUGUGGAAUGGUGUUCAAGCUGGUAUAGGAGUACAUGUUAAUGAAUUAAUUGCUUUUGCACACGAUACGCCUGGUGUUAAUGAAUUAAAUUUAAUAGAUUUUGUUCAAAUUCUAAAUAAUCGUGUAUUUGAUUUUUGGAUAAUAUUAAAUUAUCCAUUAUUUUAUAAAAAUGAAACUUUUAUAAUGACACCCAAUGGAUUACAAUAUACACGCUAUUUUAUGAAUAAAUUUAUUGGAAAAACGACUACUGAUGCUUUGCAUGAAUUUUCUAAACGUCUUCAUGCAUUGCAUGUAACACAAGUUGAACAUAGUCUUAUAAUGACUUUAGUCAUAUGUCAACCAGAUCAACAAUUAAAAGACCAAGAAAAUAUACAAAUUAUUAAACAUUGUUAUAUGUAUGCAUUGUAUAUUCAAUUAUGUUCAACAAGAGCAGAAAAUGAAGCCAAAACAUUAUUUGAUAAUAUUAUUGAGAUCAUUGAUAGUAUUGGUCUUCUUAGUGAGCUUUGCAAGAAUAAUAUUGGAAAAAUUGUACUUGAUAUACCGACAUCCACUGAAUGA